AUGGCGAUGGUAAUAUCUCAAACGACAAAAGCUGCGAUUGGUGGGUUUUUAGCACUGAUGAUACUUGGUGCUGUGCUGGUGGUGGGGGCUGCUUUCGGAUGGUUCGACCCGAGGAGAGAAGAUGAAGAAACGCCGGCCAAAAUCAGUGCUCGAUUGCAAGGAAGAACUUCGUUUGUGACGCAUCGUGCUGUAAACCCAGAUGAAAACAGACUGCCUUUGGUAUCACACUCUUCUCCGUUUUACAAUGGAGAGAAAGGGGAAAACGGUGAAAUUGUAUCGUCAGGUCACUGUAAAUGCAGUAUGAACGAUAUCUCGCAAAUCUUGGAGAACAUGCCGGACCUAAAAGGGCCUCCGGGGCCACAAGGACCGACAGGGGCUGAUGGGACAACAGGUGCACCAGGAAAAACGGGACAAAUGGGUGAUCCAGGCCCGCCUGGUCCGAUGGGGCCUAAAGGAGACAGAGGAGAAAGGGGCGAGAUGGGAGCAUCAGGUCCAGAAGGAAUACAAGGUCCAAAGGGAGAUCCAGGGGUAGACGGUAUUCAAGGUCCUCAAGGACCACCGGGCCCACCUGGACCUCCUGGACCUGUGACUUCUGCGCUUAUGGAAUCAACAGGAUUAUACGGGUCCGGUAAUUCCGGAAUCUCGGGCCCUCCAGGCGAGAGAGGUCCAAUGGGUCUACCCGGGCCUCAAGGAGAACGAGGCUACCCCGGGAAUAAGGGCGAAAGGGGAUUACAUGGGCCUAAAGGCGACAAAGGAGAUCGAGGUUACGUGGGUCCAAGAGGUCCACAUGGCGCCAAAGGGGAGAGGGGGCAAGCGGGGCGAGAUGGGACGCCCGGCCUACCAGGCGCUCACGGACGUCCAGCCGAAAAGGGCGAAAAAGGUGCCCGAGGUCUUCCAGGACUACCCGGUCCUCCGGCUCCAACAGUUUCAGAUAAUUCAGUAUUAGGAGACAUCGCACGGACUGGGCCUCAAGAUAUUUCAAACACGAGGUUGGUGAAAGGAGAAAGGGGAGAUCGUGGUGAAAAGGGUGAAAAGGGUUCUAGAGGUAUUGAAGGACCUCAAGGAUUCCCGGGUACUGAUGGAAAACCUGGUGAAAGAGGAGAUAUUGGGCCUUCAGGCCUUCCUGGAACUCAAGGACUAAUAGGGCUAACUGGGUCCAAAGGGGACAAGGGUGAACCGGGUCCUCCAGGACCGGUCGCACUAUCCAGAGAUGAGGCUUUGAUAUUAACGAAGGGUGAUAGAGGUGAGACGGGACCACGGGGUAAAAGAGGACAUCCGGGCCCACCGGGGCCACGAGGUCCUCCUGGCUUACCGGGGCCUCCAGGUACUCCAGGCACGAAUGGCCCCACUGGCGAUAUUGGAUUACCUGGCUGGGCGGGUUCACCUGGACAACCUGGUCCACCAGGACAAAAAGGUGACAAAGGAGAUCCUGGAUUGAAUCACCUCGAUUUAGAAAAGAUAAAAGGCGAGAAAGGUGAUCGCGGAUACGACGGUUCUCCAGGCGUCCCGGGGAAAGACGGUCCAAGGGGCCCGCCGGGGCUUCCAGGGACUCCCUUAGCAAACAUUAAAUAUAUUUCUGUUCCGGGCCCGCCCGGGCCCCCAGGCCCCCCGGGGCCCCCCGGAGGCCCCUACAUAAAUGAACUGGCCACCGACACGUUGACCGAUAGCCCUGGGAUUAAUCGACGCGAGCCUGGAACAGGCAAACAGCGAGAUUCUCUACAAAUCUUGAGAAGUUUGAACCACCUGGUGCAGUUUAGACAAGAUCCUUACGGUUACCGUGAACCUUUAGAUCCUCUUGGAGAAAAUUCAGAUUUUGAUGAAGAAGAUGAUGGCAGAGCAAUAGUUGGAACAAUAAUAUUUAAAACGACUGAUUCUCUUAUACGGUUGGGCACGAACAGCCCACUCGGCACUUUAGCGUAUGUGAUUCAAGAGCAAGCCCUUCUAGUCCGUGUCAACAACGGCUGGCAGUACGUUGCUAUGGGCUCCUUAUUAGCUAUUCACACUCCGCCAGCGAACGGACCGACAAGAACUCCAAUGCAGAAUAUUUUAGAGACCUCAAGUUUAGUGCACCACAAAAACCCAGCAGUGGAAGGACCGGUGCUAAGGCUGGCAGCCCUUGACGAGCCUCAUACAGGAGACAUGCACGGAGUCAGCAGUACCAGCUACGAAUGCAGGAGGCAAGCGAACAGAGCCAACUUGCAAGGGAACUUCCGCGCUUUUCUGUCUUCUAGGGUUCAAACAAUAGAUGCGAUAGUCGAGUGGGACCGCAGUAUACCAGUGGUCAAUACAAGGGGCGACGUCCUGUUCAAUUCCUGGGGAGAAAUGUUUGACGGAUCCGGAGCUUUGUUUGCGCACGCGCCGAGGAUAUACAGUUUCAGCGGGCAGAAUGUUAUGAUGGAUCCUGGCUGGCCUACUAAAGCUGUCUGGCACGGAGCGAGUCCUAAUGGCGAGCCAGCAAUGGAUGCCUAUUGUGACGCUUGGCACAGCAGUAACGCGGACAAGUUUGGACUAGGAUCCUCCCUACGUUCUAACAAACUACUAGACCAAGAAACAUAUACAUGCAACAGCAGACUGAUAGUUCUAUGCAUAGAAGCAACUCCAGUUGACACCGUCAGAAGAAAAAAACGAUCCAAGUUUCGGCAAGAUAGACUAAACCUUCUUAAAGAAGAGCAGAACGAUACAAGAGGAAAGUUAUAG